UUUUGCUUUCUCCAACUCAGACUUAUAAAUGGCCCUUCAUCCUCUCUCUCUUGCACACUCCACUGUGGGCACUGGGCUGCCUCCUCCUCUCUAAAUUGCUUCUCUCGCCCUUGCUUUCUCAAACUCAAGCGCACUUUUGUUGCGAAAACGCUGAAAAGAUGAUGAAUUUGAGGAGUAACCUUGUGAACCACAGCACCAGCAUCGUGCCGGAGGUGCCUUGCCUGAGCAUGAGAAGCAAACCCAACAACCAACAAAAACAGAGACAGAGAGCAACAGCCCCAAUUGCAACACAACUGUUGACCACAGUGGAAAAGGAAUACAAGGAAAACAGCGGGAGCCCUAACGAUUAUCCCUACUCCCACCACAACGAUAUAAGCAAAAAGAGAAAGAGCGCAAGGAAGCUGAGCGAUGUGUGGAGGGAGGUGCAGGGUUCAAAUAACUGGGAGGGCCUACUGGAGCCAAUGGACCAUCUCCUCCGCAGCGAGCUCAUUAAAUACGGAGAGCUUGCUCAGGCGUGCUACGACGCCUUUGACUUCGAUCCCUAUUCCAAAUACUGCGGCAGCUGCAAGUACAACCGCAGGACCAUGCUCCAAGAUCUCGGCCUUUCUCACACCGGCUACGAAAUCACAAAGCACCUCUACGCAACCUCCAACAUCAAUCUCCCCAAUUUCUUCAAAAAAUCUCGGGCGGGGGAGAAAUUGUGGAGCAACCAUGCCAACUGGAUGGGGUUCGUGGCCGUGACGGAGGACGAGCAAGAAAUAAAGAGACUCGGGCGACGCGAUAUCGUGAUCGCUUGGAGAGGCACCGUCACUCGUCUGGAGUGGCUGGCAGAUCUCAUGGAUUUCCUCAAACCCGCGGGUUUCCAUUCUGACCAUCCCGACCCCCGUGUCAAAGUGGAGUCAGGGUUUCUGAACCUGUAUACCGCCUCUGAGAAAAACAGCCGGUUUGCCAAAUCCAGCGCGCAGGAGCAAAUACACGCGGAGGUUAGAAGACUGAUCGAAAUGUACAAGGGAGAAAAGCUGAGCAUAACAAUCACGGGCCACAGCCUUGGCAGCGCCCUGGCAAUGCUGAGCGCGUACGACAUUGCAGAGAUGGGAAUCAACCAGGACAAGGAGAAUGAGAAUGAGAAAAUUCCCAUCACCGUCUUCUCCUACGCAGGCCCACGGGUGGGGAACUCCGCCUUCAAGGAGCGACUGGAGCAGCUGGGGGUCAAAAUCCUGCGAGUGGUUAACGCCCACGACGGGGUUCCAAAAGUUCCCGGAAUUCUGUUUAACGAGCAUUUUCAAUUACUGAGAGACUGGAUCGACAAGCUUCCCUGGAGCUACUCCCAUGUGGGAGUGGAGCUACAGCUGGAUCACACCAAAUCCCCCUUCCUCCGACCCACAAGCGAUCCGUCGUGCUUCCACAACUUGGAGGCGCAUCUCCAUCUCUUGGACGGAUACCACGGCCGCCAAGAGCGGUUUUACCUGGCGAUUGGACGGGAUCCUGCUCUUGUGAACAAGGCAGCUGAUUUCUUGCAAGACCAUUUACAUAUCCCGCCGUUCUGGAGACAAGACUACAACAAGGGUAUGGUCAGAAACUCCGAGGGCAGAUGGGUUCAACCCCAAAGAACUCAAUCCCACCUUGUCUAAUUAUAUUUGAUUAUGUGUGAUAAUUAAUUCUCUGUUUUUGAUA